AUGGCUAAAAAAUACGAGGGACCUGCUAUUGGAAUCGACCUUGGCACAACCUACUCAUGUGUAGCAGUUUGGCAGGGUCAAAACAAUCGGGCUGAGAUCAUACACAAUGAACAAGGCAACAGAAUCACACCUUCUUGUGUUGCUUUCACUAACUCUCAAAGGUUGUUUGGCGAUGCUGCCAAAAAUCAAGCUUCCUCUAACCCAUCCAAUACUGUCUUUGAUGCAAAGAGGUUGAUCGGAAGGAAUUAUAGUGAUCCAAUAAUUCAGAAUGAUUUAAAGAUGUGGCCCUUUAAGGUCAUUGCUGGUGCUGAUGACAAACCCAUGAUUGUUGUGAAGUACAAGGGUGAAGAAAAACACCUAUUUCCUGAGGAAAUCUCUUCGAUGGUCCUAACUAAGAUGCGAGAGAUUGCAGAAGACUUUUUGGAAUCACCUGUCCAGAAUGCAGUCAUUACCGUGCCUGCUUAUUUCAACGAUUCUCAGAGAAAAGCCACAAAGGAUGCUGGUGCUAUUGCUGGCCUUAAUGUAAUUCGGAUCAUAAAUGAACCAACUGCCGCUGCUUUCGCAUAUGGGCUUCAGAAGAGAGGUAAUUGUGUUGAAGCGAGAAAUAUAUUCAUAUUUGAUCUUGGUGGUGGUACAUUUGAUGUGUCUAUACUCACAAUAAAAGGUGACGUCUUUGAAGUUAAAGCCACUGCUGGAGAUACUCACCUUGGAGGAGAGGACUUUGAUAAUAGAAUGGUAAACUAUUUUGUAGAGGAGUUAAAGAGGAAGAACAAAAUGGACAUUACUAGGAAUGCUAAGUCACUUAGAAGAUUAAAAACCUCUUGUGAAAGAGCAAAACGAACACUCACUUUUGCUGUUGAUACCACCAUUGAGAUAGAUGCCUUAUUUGAUAACAUUGAUUUUUAUUCAUCUAUAACUCGUGCGAGGUUUGAGGAACUCAAUAUGGAUCUGUUUACUAAGUGUAUGGAGACGGUGAAUAUGUGUCUUAAAGAUUCGAAGAUAGAUAAGAGUAAUAUACAUGAUGUAGUCCUUGUUGGUGGCUCAUCUCGGAUUCCAAAGGUGCAGCAACUCUUACAAGAAUUUUUCAAGGGGAAGGAUCUGUGUAAGAGCAUCAACCCUGAUGAGGCGGUUGCUUAUGGAGCUGCAGUUCAGGCUUCUUUGUUGUGUAAAGGUGAUAGUUCAUCUCCAAACUUGGUGAUAUUAGAUGUUACACCACUUUCUCUUGGAAUAUUAUUAUAUGGAGGUCUCAUGGGUGUAGUUAUUCCUAGAAACACAACAAUUCCUACAAAGAAGAAUAAAGCCUGCAUAAAGAGUGCAGAAAACCAAUCCUCUACCCCAAUCUGUGUCUUCGAGGGUGAGAGGACAAGAGCUAGUGAUAACAACUUGUUGGGUUCGUUUUAUCUUAAUUGCAACCCUUCUUAUCCUCGAGGCCAUCCUUUGAAUGUAUAUUUUGACCUAGAUGCUGAUGGAAUUUUAACUGUAUCUGCGGAGGAAGAAAGUUCUGGAAAUAAGAAUGAGAUUAUCAUAACCAAUGGCACAGGGAGAUUAUCAACUGAGCAAAUUAUGAAAUUGAUUCAAGAAGCUGAGAAAUACAAGGCUGAAGAUGAGAAAUACCGGAAGAAAGCUAUUGCAGUGAAUGCUUUGGAUGAUUAUGUUUACAAGAUAAACAAGGCGUUGAAGGAUAUUGAUAAAAGUUCUAAACUUAGCAGACAAGAUGCAUUCAUGAUCAAUUUGGAAAUUUUAAAGGUUAAAAGUAUUCUUGAAGCAAGCCAACAGAAGGAGACAGAAGUAUUCUGGGACUGUUUGAAUAAGUUGAAGAGUGUUGUGACACCUCUUUUUCAGAUUGACUAG